AUGGCCUCGCGCGUGCCGCUGUCGUGCCGUCUGGCCAGCAGGUCCCUCGGCAAGGCCUGGACGCCGGCGACCUGCCGCGCUGCCCGCCCGCACCGCUCCUACUCCUCGGGCGCAUCCAAAGACAAGGUCAAGUUCUGGCCCCUUCUCGCCGUCGUGGCCAUUGGCUCUGCCGGGUACGUCGGGCUCGUGAACCGUCGCAAAGACAUGGCUCGAAGCGACCCCCCCCAGAUUGCACCGCCCGCAAAGCCGACGCCGACAUUCUCCCCCGCCGACGUCACCGUCGUCUUCGUCCUCGGCGGGCCCGGCGCCGGCAAGGGCACGCAAUGCGCCAACCUCGUCGACAAGUACGGCUUCACCCACCUCUCCGCCGGCGACCUGCUGCGCGCCGAGCAGCAGCGUCCCGGGUCGCAGUUCGGUGACCUCAUCCGCGACAACAUCCGCAACGGGCUCAUCGUCCCCAUGGAGGUCACCAUCCAGCUGCUGGAGAACGCCAUGACGGACGCCCUUCGCGCGAGCGGCUCCUCCAAGGGCCGCUUCCUCAUCGACGGCUUCCCGCGGAAGAUGGACCAGGCCCACAAGUUCGAGGACACCGUCUGCCCCGCCAAGACGGUCCUGUUCUUUGACUGCCCCGAAAAGGUCAUGCAGGAGCGCUUGCUGGAGCGCGGCAAGACGAGCGGCCGCGAUGACGACAACGCCGACAGCAUCCGCAAGCGGUUCCGCACCUUUGUCGAGACGAGCAUGCCCGUCGUCGACUACUACGACAGGCAGGGCAAGGUGGUCAAGAUUGAUGCGACGCCUGCGCCGGACAAGGUUUUUAGCGACACUCGGGCACGCCUGACGGAGAAGCUGGGCCGAGAGUUCUGA